GGAAGGAGUGCAACUUUUCCGUCCUCGGUGCUCCCGUAGCUGCUCCUAAUGAAGGAGAUUAACGUGGACCAGGUCUUCCGUCCGGACCCGCCUCACCGGACUCAUCUCCGCCGUUUAUCUCCUCCUGUCCACAUCUUCAUCCUUCCUCCUCCUCCUCCUCCUCCUCAUCACCCUUCUUCUUCCGUAAAAGCGUUUCCCGUCGUCCUCGGACUCGGAGGUGGCUCUGAAACCUUCCCUGGUUCCGGAUUCCUGCAGCUCCUUUUCUGCGUUUGAUGCUUUUUGUUUUUUUCUUCGCAUUUUAAAGUCGCGUUUUCCAGCAGAGUAUGAGCCAGACCAUGAACCAGAGGAGGAUUCCGGUCUUUAUUCUGGAUAUGUUGGAAUAUAAACUCCGUUUUCUGUCUCUGAAUCUUCAUCAAACUGGAUCCUUCUCCACAGAACUUUCCUCUGUAGCAGAGCUGCUUCAGGGUGGGUUCAGGUUUUCUUUUCAUGAGCAAAUCUGGGUGAUUUGCUGACUUUCAGACUGAUUAAAAACCCCUGGCUCGGAGGAUCGAAGCAUCCAAACCUCCCAGGGCUGAAAAAUACCGGAACAUUUUGAAUCCUGGAUCCAGCUCUGCUCUUAGCUUCUUUGUGUGUUUUUAUGUGGACUCUGAGAAAAUGGAGGGACUUUUGAGAACCUCCAGAACAUUUUUAGGAUCCAGGUGAAGCAGAGAACCGACCUGCCUCAAAGUGUCACAUAAGAACCAAGAAAGCUUCAGGUUCUGGCCGAAGUCAGAAAUCCUGCAGCAGGACCCAGAGAGAGUUACAGAUCCUGUUGGAUUAAACCAAGUAAACACUGAGGAGGCUUAAAAAGAACAAGAAGAAAAAAAUGCAAAGAUUUUGACGGGAAUUUGAAGGACAUGUGAGAGUCUGUGGAACUCAGGGACUUCCAGGCUCUGGAAGAUUCUUUGGGGAGUGCUGGAACUUUCUAAAAAACCUUUAAGGAAGCUUUGAAGGGAGUCUUAAGAUCUUACGGAAACCGGGACCUGGCUGGAAAGUUCUCAUGAGAACUACAAUGAUCCUGAAGAUCUACAAAAAUGUGAGAUGGUUUAGAGCUUGAAAGAAGUUAAAGCAGAAACCAGCCGCCCCUGCAGGAUCUGAGGACAACGACGGUGGUAUUUGAACUGAAGAACACGAAACCUGGACACCCCCAGAGAUCAGAAUACACUGGCAAACUGGAGCAACUGAACUUUGCCGAGUCUCUAGAGGAGAUCUAAGGAAAAGAACCCCAGAGAGCAUAGAGGUCGCCCUGUGGGACCCCUUGCAGGACCAAUGGGAACCCUGCGGGAUCUGCAGUAUGCCCUGCAGGAGAAGAUCGAGGAGCUGCGGCAGCGCGAUGCCCUGAUCGACGAGCUGGAGCUGGAGCUGGACCAGAAAGACGAGCUGAUCCAGCGGCUGCAGAACGAGCUGGAUAAGUACCGGUCCGUGCUUCGGCCCGCCACGGCCCAGCAGGUCCAGGCCCAGCAGAAGAGCCUGGUUCUGCAGCCAGACCAGCACCGCAGCAAGAGGCAGGCCAUCUCUGCCGAGCCCACGGCGUGUGACAUCAGUGACCUCUGCCACGUCACGCUGCCGUUCUACCCUAAGAGCCCGCGGUCUAAGGAGCUGAUAAAGGAAGCCAUCCUGGACAACGACUUCAUGAAGAACCUGGACCUGUCUCAGAUCCAGGAGAUUGUGGACUGUAUGUACCCAGUAGAUUAUGGGAAGGAUGCCUGCAUCAUUAAAGAGGGUGAUGUGGGCUCGCUGGUCUUCGUGAUGGAAGAGGGGAAGGUGGAGGUGACCAAAGAGGGGAUGAAGCUGUGCACGAUGGGACCAGGCAAAGUGUUUGGAGAGCUGGCCAUCCUCUACAACUGCACCAGGACGGCCACCGUCAGGACUCUGAUCCAUGUGAAGCUGUGGGCCAUCGAUCGGCAGUGUUUCCAGACCAUCAUGAUGAGGACUGGACUCAUCAAACAUGCCGAGUACAUGGACUUUCUGAAGAGCGUUCCGACCUUCCAGGGUCUUUCUGAGGAAACUCUCAGUAAGCUGGCUGAUGUCAUGGAGGAGACUCACUACGAAGAUGGAGAGUACAUCAUCAGACAGGGAGCUCGAGGAGACACCUUCUUCAUCAUCAGCAAGGGGAAGGUGGACGUGACCCAGGGGGAUUCAGUCAAUCAGGAGCCAAUACACCUGCGGGAGCUCAGCAGAGGAGAGUGGUUUGGCGAAAGAGCGCUGCAAGGGGAGGACGUGAGAACAGCCAACGUCAUUGCCGCUGGGACCGUCACCUGCCUGGUCAUCGAUAGAGACUCAUUCAAGCAUCUGAUUGGUGGACUGGAUGACGUUUCCAGCAAAGCCUACGAUGACGCUGAAGCUAAAGCCAAAUACGAAGCGGAGAAUGCCUUCUUCUCCAGCCUGAAGCUCAACGACUUCAACAUCAUCGACACGCUGGGAGUCGGAGGAUUUGGACGCGUUGAGCUGGUACAGCUGAAGAGCGAAGAGGCAAAGACGUUCGCCAUGAAGAUCCUGAAGAAGCGAUACAUUGUGGACACGAGGCAACAGGAGCACAUUCGCUCCGAGAAGCACAUCAUGACCGAGGCCCACUCCGACUUCAUCGUCAGGCUGUACCGGACCUUCAAGGACAGUAAAUAUCUCUACAUGUUGAUGGAGGCAUGUCUGGGUGGAGAGCUGUGGACCAUACUGAGGGACAGAGGUUCGUUUGAAGACUCAACCACCAGGUUCUAUACGGGCUGCGUGGUCGAAGCCUUUGCCUACCUUCACGCCAAAGGCAUCAUCUACAGAGACCUGAAACCUGAAAACCUCAUCCUGGACAGCCAAGGAUACGCCAAGCUGGUGGACUUUGGCUUUGCAAAGAAGAUCGGCUUCUGUAAGAAGACAUGGACGUUCUGCGGGACGCCGGAGUACGUCGCUCCGGAGAUCAUCCUGAACAAGGGUCACGACGUCUCUGCAGACUACUGGUCGCUGGGCGUCCUGAUGUACGAGCUGCUGACUGGCAGUCCUCCUUUCUCAGGUCCAGAUCCUAUGAAGACCUACAACAUCAUCCUGAGAGGCAUCGACAUGAUCGAGUUCCCCAAGAAGAUCACGAAGAACGCCGCCAACCUCAUCAAGAAGCUGUGCAGAGAUAAUCCCUCGGAGAGACUCGGGAACCUGAAGAACGGAGUCAAAGACAUCCAGAAGCACAAGUGGUUCGAAGGUUUCAACUGGGAGGGUCUGAGGAAAGGAACUCUGACUCCGCCCAUCAUACCUGAGGUCUCCUCUCCCAUCGACACCAGUAACUUCGACAGUUUCCCUGAAGAUGUGGACGAGCCGCCGCUAGACGACAACUCUGGAUGGGAUUACGACUUUUAGAACGUGACUGAGUGGAGACCUGGUGGAGACCAGCUGGAUUGGAUGGAGAUGGACCAGAGUCCUCGGGAUGGUGGCUCCAGUUCUGGAGAUGGUACCAAACACCGGAAGGAUGAAACAACCUGCGGGUUUCUGGAGACUUCUGCUGCAUGUUUUCAACAUCUAUGAGCUCAGCUCUGCCGGAUCUGUGCUUCCUGUCAGGAAAACCUGGAACUUCAGUGAACCAGAACCUGGAACUUUCCAGAUGUUUCUCUAUGUUUUCUCGUCUGUCCCCUUAUGGCUGCAAAGCUUCUAGUCCUGAAGACACUGAUGGACAUCAUCAGUCCUUCAUCAUCGUGUCUGUUAUCUAACUCCAGUUUUACUGGAAGGAAGUCAUUUUUUAUCUCAUUUUAAAAAUAACUUUAAAAUGAAAAAAUAUUUCAGUUUGUUUUCGUUUGUUUUUCAGCUGAAAAUAAAUUUUGAUGAUUUUUCUGGACAAAUCAAAAAUGACCAAAAAGAUUUUAAGAGAAAUAACAUAAAACACAGAAGGCCAACAAUGAGUUAGACCGAAUUAUUUGAUUAAAUAUUAUUAUAUCAUGUAACGAUUAUUUAUUAUAGAAUUAUUUAAUUAAUGUUCCAUAAUUAUUUAUAUUUCAGUUUUUGGAGG